GGGAGCAAAAAAAUCAAGUAUAUCCUAUCAGGUGAUGGAGCUGGGACAAUCUUUCAAAUAAAUGAUAUAACAGGAGAUAUCCACGCUAUAAAAAGACUUGACCGAGAAGAGAAGGCUGAAUACACCCUAACAGCCCAGGCAGUGGACUGGGAGACGAACAAGCCUCUUGAGCCUCCUUCUGAAUUUAUUAUUAAAGUUCAAGACAUCAACGACAAUGCACCAGAAUUUCUUAAUGGGCCCUAUCAUGCUACCGUGCCAGAGAUGUCCAUUUUGGGUACGUCUGUCACUAAUGUAACAGCCACAGAUGCUGAUGACCCAGUUUAUGGAAACAGUGCAAAGUUGGUUUAUAGUAUCUUGGAAGGGCAGCCUUAUUUUUCCAUUGAGCCUGAAACAGCAAUUAUAAAGACUGCCCUUCCCAACAUGGACAGAGAAGCCAAGGAGGAGUACCUGGUCGUUAUCCAAGCCAAAGACAUGGGUGGACACUCCGGUGGCCUGUCUGGGACCACGACACUUACAGUGACCCUUACUGAUGUUAAUGACAAUCCACCGAAAUUUGCCCAGAGUCUGUAUCACUUCUCAGUCCCAGAAGAUGUGGUUCUUGGCACUGCGAUAGGGAGGGUGAAGGCCAACGAUCAGGACAUCGGUGAAAAUGCACAGUCAUCGUAUGACAUCAUCGAUGGAGAUGGAACAGCACUCUUUGAAAUCACCUCUGAUGCCCAGGCCCAGGAUGGCAUUAUAAGACUAAGAAAGCCUCUGGACUUUGAGACCAAAAAGUCCUAUACACUGAAGGUGGAGGCAGCCAACGUUCACACUGACCCACGUUUCAGCGGCAGGGGGCCUUUUAAAGACACGGCAACAGUCAAAAUUGUGGUGGAGGACGCGGACGAGCCCCCUGUCUUCUCUUCCCCGACUUACCUCCUCGAAGUUCAUGAAAAUGCUGCUCUAAACUCCGUGAUUGGGCAAGUGACUGCUCGUGAUCCUGAUGUCACUUCCAGUCCUAUAAGGUAUUUCUCUUUGAAAACAGAAAGCAUGCAGAUUGAGAAUGAAGAUGCAGAUUUUAACCAGGAGCUCCUUUCAGAUGUCAUUGUGACUAAUAGCUCCUCAGUCCUAACCCAGAAAAAGACAGAAAGGAACCACAGUCAGAUAUCACGAGUACCUGUUGCUAUUAAAGUGCUGGAUGUCAAUGACAACGCCCCUGAAUUCGCAUCCGAAUAUGAGGCAUUUUUAUGUGAAAAUGGAAAACCCGGCCAAGUCAUUCAGACAGUGAGUGCCAUGGACAAAGAUGACCCCAAAAAUGGACAUUAUUUCUUAUACAGUCUUCUUCCAGAAAUGGUCAACAAUCCGAAUUUUACCAUCAAGAAAAAUGAAGAUAAUUCCCUCAGCAUUUUGGCAAAGCAUAAUGGAUUCAACCGCCAGAAGCAAGAAGUCUAUCUUUUACCAAUCAUAAUCAGUGACAGUGGGAACCCUCCUCUGAGCAGCACCAGCACCCUGACCAUCCGGGUCUGUGGCUGUAGCAACGAUGGUGUUGUCCAGUCUUGUAAUGUUGAAGCUUAUGUUCUUCCUAUUGGACUCAGCAUGGGCGCCUUAAUUGCCAUAUUAGCAUGCAUCGUUUUGCUGCUAGUCAUCGUGGUGCUGUUUGUAACUCUGCGGCGACAUAAAAACGAGCCGUUAAUUAUCAAGGAUGACGAAGACGUCCGAGAAAAUAUCAUUCGCUACGAUGACGAAGGAGGAGGGGAGGAAGACACAGAGGCUUUUGAUAUUGCAACUUUACAAAACCCAGACGGAAUUAAUGGGUUUUUACCCCGUAAGGAUAUUAAGCCGGAUUUGCAGUUUAUGCCAAGGCAGGGGCUCGCUCCGGUCCCGAACGGUGUGGACGUGGACGAAUUUAUAAACGUGCGGCUCCACGAAGCCGAUAACGACCCCGCAGCGCCCCCUUAUGACUCCAUCCAGAUUUACGGCUACGAAGGCCGGGGCUCAGUGGCCGGCUCCCUCAGCUCCCUAGAGUCCUCCACGUCAGACUCAGACCAGAAUUUUGACUACCUCAGUGACUGGGGUCCCCGCUUUAAGAGACUGGGCGAACUGUACUCCGUUGGUGAAAGUGACAAAGAAACUUGACAGUGGAUUAUAAGUAAAUCAAUGGAACCGAACAUUCUGUAAUAUUCUAGGGUCACUCCCCUUAGAUACAACCAAUGUGGCUAUUUGUUUUAGAGGCAAGUCUAGCACCAAUCAUCUAUCAACUCAACUACAUUUUAAUGUGGAACCAAAAAAAAAGAUAAAUAAUAAUAAAAAGUAUAUGUUAGGAGGUUACAAAUCUUGUGGAGUGUGAAUUAAAGUAUGUGGAGUGUCUAGAAGUCUUUGGAUAUUUGAUAUUUACCACCACAGACAAAGAUUGGGAUCCUGGAUAAUCUUUAGACAGAUGGUAUAAAAAGAGGAAAAAGAAAAUCAAAAUUAAAAAGGUGCUUUCUUAGAAAAAAAAUGGACCCGCAAGGAAUUUGCUGCUGAGAUGUGUGUUCUGCGAGGAUUUUUAUAAAUGCAAGUGUUUUUUUUUCCCCCCCUUCACCAAUAAGGAUCCCGCCACAAAUGAUAAAGCAAUACUUGGUCGGCUGUACAUUCUGACUUUUUGGAGUUUUAGGAGGCCUCCUAGAUAUAUGGUGCGGUGACCACACAUUGUACGUAAUUGUUGGCCCCGCUCAUCAGAGACUGACUAGCAUCUUUAAAUAUUGUGUCGAGCCUUAAAAUAUUCACAUGUUCGUAAUCCAUUCCAGGGUGGGGAUUGCCAACUCAGUGGUGGGAGGAGAGAAAUCCCAUGAAACAGGCUUGUUUUCUGGAUGCAGGAUUACUCGUUCCCUCCACUUCAUCUCCUUU